AUGGAUCGAAGUCGCUUAGACCAACUCUCUUUUGAAGAACUCAAGAAUGAAGCUCUUAGUUAUGGACUCGUGCCAGCCUCUUCUUGUGAACAGUUGAUUGACCAAAUUAUGUCCCAUUUGGAGCGAAAUGGUCCAGUGAAUGAUUUUGGUAUCGUAUCAUCUGAUGGCACAUCAUCCUGCAAUGCUCGAGCUACAAUUCAACCUCAACAAUCUGCAAGUGAUAUGCCUUCUGCGAGGUUUUCGCCUCCAGUUGCUGAUCCUUCUUUGCAGCAGAUAUUUGGCUUCUUUUCCGAAUUAAUGAAGCAACAGAGCGAUUUAAUGCUCAGACAACAAAGUGAUUUUAUGCAGCAAGUUACCAAUUUGGUCUCUGCUACUCGGAUUUCUAACAUUAAUCCGCAAAUUGUGUCUUCUUCUGAUUCUUCUGGUGCUGCGGUUCUUAAUCAGAGACCUGUUUUAGCCUCAGUUCCAGUUGCUCAAGCCGUCAAUCUGCUAGCAUCCCAACUUCCGUCAUUUUCUGGUUCAGAAGACGAAAAUAUUGAUAUUUGGAUCGAGAAAGUUGAACGAGUUUCCCGUAUCCAUGAUGUCUCCGAUCAGGUGACUCUCCUAGCUGCUUCCAGCAAGUUGAUCAAGUCUGCAAAAGAUUGGUUAGAUCUUAAUUCAGGUACUGUUAAUGAUUCCUGGUUCAACUUAAAGCAAGCUAUCUCUCAAAGGUUCAAAAGAGACAUACCUUUUCGUGUAACCUUUCAAAAAGUCGAAAGUAGAAAAUGGAAUUUUUCAAAGGAGUCUUUUCAGGAUUACGCCAUGCAGAAAUUGAAGCUUUUACAGAAUUUUCGUUUGCCUGAAAAACAAAAUAUUGAUUUCCUGAUCUCUGGUAUAGGAAGUCCAUCUUUAAGAGCUUCAGCUUCUUUGAUCCAAGCAGAAACUAUCGAUCAAUUCUUAGACAAGAUGCACUCACUUAUUUUGGCUUUUGGUGAUCCUUCCAAAAAGACCCCUCCUGUUCCUGUUAAGCCUGUCAAUUCCAAGGAUAAUAUCAAGAAAGAAGAAACGACUUCUUCCAAAAUAGGCCCGUCUACCGAUUCUUCCAAGGAAGUAUUUUGUGUUUAUUGCCGGACAAAGGGGCAUACCCGGGACAACUGUUUUCGUCUGAAGAAAAAGGAGCAGAACUUGACUGGAAAUUCAUCUGGUAGCUCGUCAGCGGUUGCUUCGAUUGAAGAGACGUCUUCGUCACAAUCUUCUGAGACCUCCGAGUCCUUCCAGUCUCUCCAGACCAUCCAGUCUUCCCAGCCUUCCCAUUCACCGACGGUAGCUUUUGUCGACAUCGGAUUGCCGUAUAAAAUUAGCGACAAUAUUGUUAAGGUGACUGCUUUAAAUGAAACAAAUUGCUCAUUAGACGCUCUUAUUGAUACGGGCAGCGCUGUAUCUUUUAUUCGACCAUCUAUCUUUUCUAAUUUGACUAAUCAACCUCUGGAUCAAUUAAAAGUUCCAUCUCGUUCUUUUAAAGCUUUAAAUAAAUCAAUUAUUAAAGUUUUCGGAGAAUUUACUUUGGAAUUUCAGCUCGCGAUUUUUCCGAAUAAAUCUUUCAAAGUUCCUUUUCUUGUUCUAGAGGACGAUGAGCUUUUUGUUGACCUUAUUCUUGGUCGUGAUUUUUUGCAAAUGUACAAAAUUGUAAUUGUUUGCGAAACUUUUGGUAACGAAAAUUCAAAGAUCCAAUUAUUUUCUGAAAUUGCAUCUUUGGAUGAUUAUAGUCAGUCUGUUUUACCUGGUUUUUCUGAUGAGUUUACUUUCGAAUCUGAUUUCGGACCAACGGUUGAUGAAAAACUUGUAACUUUAAUUCGUGAAGUUGAGAAUACUUCUGUCAUUCCAAUUGAAGAUGGUCAUGCCGUCACAGUGUCUCUCAAAGACAAUACAACUUAUGCUUAUUCUCCUCGACGCUUCGCAUGGUCUGAAAGGAAACAGAUUCGAGAGAUUACUGAUGAUCUCUUGCACAGAGGAAUUAUUAAACCGAGCAUUUCCCCUUAUUGUGCAAGGGUGGUUCCUGUAAUUAAGAAAAACGGUACAAUGCGAUUGUGCAUUGAUUUACGACCGUUGAAUGAUCGUGUCAUAAAACAAAAAUACCCCUUUCCAUUGAUGGAAGAAUGUUUUUCUCGACUGGGCAAUAAGAAAGUUUUUACUUUGCUUGACUUAAAAGAUGGUUUUCAUCAAAUAGAUGUUCAUCCAGAUCAUUCUAAAUAUUUUGCUUUCGCGACUCCUGAUGGCUCCAGCUGA